CUCCAUCUGUGAGCGUGUGUAAGAAUGAGACAAAGAAUACGACGCAGGUUGGUUCUUGUUCAUCCAUUCAUCUUCCUUGUUUCCUUCGCAGGACGGCAGAACAAACGCUUCGUCUUCAACGCGACGGAAUUCCCCGAGGAGGAAGAAUACGACUACAUCAUCGUAGGAGGGGGUACAGCAGGCUGCCCUCUCGCGGCCACCCUUUCAGAAGAGUACCGAGUCUUGCUUCUGGAGAGAGGGGGCCAACCGAGCGAGUACCGGAGCCUCGCCACCCAGGACGGCUUUCUGCCGACGAUCAUGAACGUCGACGCAUAUCGCUCUCCGGCGCAGGGCUUCACCUCGGAGGACGGCGUGCGUAACGCCCGGGGCAGGGUCUUGGGCGGCAGCAGCGCCAUCAACGCUGGGUUUUACUCGAGGGCGCACCCUGGGUUCUUUGAGAAAGGUGGGUGGGACAUGGCGCUCGUCAACCGGUCGUACGAGUGGGUGGAGAGCGCCGUUGCCUUCAAACCAUCGGUCAGGACGUGGCAGCAGGCCGUGAGGGACGGCCUGCUGGCGGCGAACAUCACGCCUUACAAUGGCUACACCGUCGAGCACCUGGUCGGGACCAAGAUCGGCGCGUCGACGUUCGAUGGGCGCGGCAGGAGACACAGUUCGGUGAAUCUCUUGGCCUACGCCAGACGCACCAACAUCAGGGUUGCCGUCCAUGCCACCGUCGAGAAGAUCCUCCUUUCCCCUGUUUCCGUGGAGAACACAUCGUCAUCAACGUGGUUGUGGGAGGAGGCGAAGCAGGAAGCGUAUGGUGUGGUGUACAGAGAUCAGCAAGGAUUUCACCACCGGGCACUCAUCCGGCGCAACGGCGGCGAGGUGAUCCUCUGCGCGGGGGCGCUCGGCAGCCCGCAGCUCCUGCUCCUCAGCGGAAUCGGCCCCGCCUCUCACCUCUCCUUCUGGGGCAUCCCGCCCGCUCACAACCUUCCGGACGUCGGCCAGUCUGUCGUCGACAACCCACGCGUCAGCGUUUCCAUUCUCUCCCCGUUUCCCCUCCGCUCUGCCCUCAUCCAGACCGUCGGCAUCCCUCCCAGUGGCUCGGCCUUCAUUGAGGCCGCCUCCAACGUCCUUCCUUUCUCUUCUUACCUCGCCUCCCCCUUCCUCCCUCUCUUCCUACCCAUUCGCCUCUCCAUCGCCACUCUCAUGGCAAAGGUCGCCUCCCCACGAUCCCGUGGCACCCUCCGCCUCGCCUCCACCGACGCCCGCGACAACCCGUCCGUCCGGUUCAACUACUUCUCGCAGCCGGCGGACCUCGCCAGUUGUGCCGAGGGCGUCCGGCUCCUCGCCCGCGUCAUGGCGAGCGAGUCCAUGUCGCCGUUCAAGUUCGUCGACCGCUUUGGGAACAGCGGGUUCAGGUUCGUGGGGCCGAGGCUGCCGGCCAACCUCUCGGAUAACGGGGAGAUAGCUGAUUUCUGCAGGCGGGCCGUCACCACCAUCUGGCACUACCACGGCGGUUGCUUGGUGGGGAAGGUGGUGGACAGGCAGUACCGCGUCUUCGGCGUCAGCUCGCUCAGGGUGGUCGACAGUUCCACGUUCUCGGUGUCGCCAGGCACCAACCCGCAAGCCACGGUCAUGAUGCUCGGAAGGUACGUGGGGAAAAGAUUGAUAGAACGAAGAAGAGCAAAUGCUAGUCACCGAAGUUUACAGCGUUUUAACAGCUGAUGUGGUAGCUCUUCGAUUCACAGCGCCACGCUCCUCUUCCUGUGCUUCAAAUCCUGUCAUUUCGAGGACGCACUUUGUUAGGAGUUGGUGAAUCUCCACCGAAGAGGUCUUCUGUAGUAACGAAGAGAGCUUGUUGGAGGGUUAAUAGUGCAAAGUGUCCCCGCAACACCACAAUCUCUCUUUCUUCUAUUGCAUUGUUCAGCCGUCACAUGAGUUACGAGCGUACCUUCUGUUUUCGACAAUUCGAGA